AUGGGAACAGAAAGAAUGGCCUUUCUUGAUGCAAAAAUGAUUAAUGAUAUUUAUUGUCCAAAUGCUUGUGAAGGAUUUGGAAGAAACUUGCGUUGCCAAGCUGGCGGUUAUCCAGAUCCAAAUAAUUGCAAUGUUUGUAAAUGCCCUGAUGCACUUGGUGGUGUUGAAUGCGAAAGGUUACAACCAAGUGUUUGUGGAGGUGAAUUAAUAGCUACCGAUCAGUGGCAAACACUUAGGUCACCAGAAUUGCAUGAUUCUCGGACUCAACAAACAAAUUUAAAUCCUUCCUUUAACAAAAAUGUUCAAUGUUAUUGGAGAAUUUCUGCACCCGAAGGAAGUCAUAUUCGUUUUAGAUUAAGUGAUGGAGAGUUCCCUUGUUCAUAUGGAUGCCAGUCGUAUGUUGAAAUUAAACACAAAUUGGACAUUCGUUGUUGUUAUCGGCCAAAGGAGGAUACAAUAUCUGAUGGAAGUCAAAUUUAUAUAAUCUUUCGACCAAAUGGAAGGACAGCAAGAUUUACCUUGAGGUUUAUUCGAAAAAUUUAACAAGUGGAUGGAAAAUGUACAAAAAUUUUUUUGUUGGAUUGCUCAACUACUCUACAAAAUUAAAAAAAUUUUUUUUAAUCCUCCUCAAAAAUCUCUUGUUUCUCUCUAUAUUUU